AUGGGACCGGAAGCGAAGCCCAAGGCGAAGAUCGAUUACAAGAUACCCAGGCCGAGCUCGAGCGUGAUCUUGAUCUCUCCGAAGAACGAAGUCCUCCUUCUCCACCGCGUCAAGACCUCGUCCUCGUUUCCCUCCGCCCACGUGUUCCCCGGAGGAACAAUAUCCCCCCAAGACGGUGACUUCCCUCCGGCCGGCCACCCGGAUAGCCACGAUGAAGGUAUCCAUUACCGUAGAGCUGCGAUUCGCGAGCUGUUUGAGGAGAGCGGCAUCCUACUCGCAAAGAACAGCAUCACAGGUCAAAUGAUCCGCGUUAAUCCCGCAGAACGGGAAAAAGGGCGGCACGCCAUUCAUAUGAACGAGACUACCUUUGAUCAAUGGCUGAAGGGUCAAGAUACCGCUGCGGUGGCUGAUACUGGUCAGAUACACCCAAACCAAAACCCUCUCGUCCCUUUUUCGCAUUGGAUAACUCCCCAGAGGAACCCGCGUCGUUUCACAACUCAGAUGUACCUUUACUUCCUACCGCAUUCGAACGGAGGUAUCUCUGAUAUUGCUGGAGAUACUGAAGUACAGGUCCCUUCAACAGAUGGAGGCAUCGAAAUUACAGAAGCGCAGUUCCUCCCCGCUACAGAGUGGCUCCGCCGUGCCAGAGUGGGAGACAUCAUUAUGUUCCCACCGCAGGUUCUACUCCUUGAUUUUGUUGCUCAAUUCCUGGAUAAGCCUGGUCCAAAUGGGACCAGUCCACAGAGUAUCUCGGGAGAGGAGUCAACCAAACGGCGAGCCGAAUUGGUCAAGUUUGCUCAUUCCGGAAACCCCCCAUGGACUCACAAGUUUAUUUCGCCUCAUCCAAUAGGCAAUGUUCCUGAUGGUAGGCAGAUCCUCGAUCUCAGCCAACCCGGACCCGAACUCAAGGGCACCGAUAAGAAAGGGGAAAUAGACCGAGUUGUGCUCGCUCGCUUCAACAAAGAAGGCCCGAGAGAGGUUGAAAUCCGAUGGAGACGCGAUGUUCUGCCUGACGGACCUGCUAAGAGUUCACUGUGA